UUGCUUGCCCGAGCUCGUCCUGAUAACAACACAGCGAGAGGAAGGAAGCGAGGAGAUCAAACCGUCUGUGAACUAGUGUCCUUUACUUUGUAUUUUAGCAAGAAGCUACCAGCACUGUUGACAACCAAGACUUUUAUACAUCGUUUUUAGCUUUUGAAUUGUUGUUACAGCUGCUACCUCCGUUUUUAUCUACUGCCAACUGGUUGACUUUGACGCAAUAUGCCUUCAGAAAAAACCUUCAAACAAAGAAGGACAUUCGAACAAAGAGUAGAAGAUGUGCGACUGAUCCGAGAGCAGCACCCCAACAAGAUACCCGUAAUCAUUGAGAGGUACAAAGGAGAGAAGCAGCUCCCCAUCCUGGACAAGACCAAGUUCCUGGUGCCCGACCACGUCAACAUGAGUGAGCUCAUCAAGAUCAUCAGGAGGCGCCUGCAGCUGAACUCUAACCAGGCCUUCUUCCUGCUGGCCAACGGCCACAGCAUGGUCUCCGUGUCGGCCGCCAUCUCCGAGGUGUACGAGCGCGAGCGGGACCAGGACGGCUUUCUCUACAUGGUGUACGCCUCCCAGGAGACCUUCGGCCACGCCCUGACCCACCAGUGAAUGACUUCCUGUUUCUUCUUCCACCUGACAGGCCAUCGGACAAUUGUAGUUCUUAGCCCCCCUCUGUGUUUAAGCCACACACCUUUAGUCCCGCAAACUAAAUCUAAACGCAGCGUAGGAUAACUCCCAGGUUAAUCGGUCGUGAUAUUAAGAUGAGGCAACCCGUUAGGUAGAGAAAUCCCCAAUUGAGUCUCUGCUUCUUCAUUGCCCUAUCUGGUGAUUCAUGUCUGCUGUCACGGCAACGUACCGCCUGUUAUGUUCAGUUGUGUGGUGUCCUCGGCUGUAUUUAUGUUAAUGUAUAUAUACAUUUCAGGUAGUGCUAAGAGUGGCGAUGGUCCACCGCUGAUAUACACAUAUAUACAUUAGCCAAUGAUCAAAGCCAACCUUAGUUUUAAGGGUUUUCUGGGACAGACGCAAGAGAAAUAUUAAGGGGGUUUCUAGGGUUGUUUUUAUUGCAGUUAAAGGGGAACAUUUUAGUUUUUUAGAGUACUUUUGCCAGAGAAAAAUGCUAAAAUGUUAACGAAAUAGCAAAGAUCUUAUUAAUCGAAACAUCUCUGCAGUGUGUGUCACAUUCCCACAAUUCCUUGGUGUUUUAACCCCUCCCUGCCUUGUAUCCUAAGAGCAUCUUCACUGUUACAAAAAAAAUGUUUGGGAACUGCUUCUGCUCUUGAAACGGAUGAUUGUUUGCAACGUAAAAUGCCUUGGUGUACAGAUAAUACAGCAUUAAAAGUAUACAAAGGGGUUCCAAUGAGAGUGUGGAAACACUACAAGGAGCAUGGUCCGAGUGCAUGUGUGAAUGGAGGGUGAUAAAUGCUGAUGAGAGGAGGGGGCUGCCAUUUUUUUUACUUUCAUCUCCUUUAUCACAAGUAUUUAUUAAGGUGAUGAACAAGGGUCAAAUCUACAGGGCUGAUUUCCCAGAGCUGUUUGGUUUCACUGUGGGGAAAACCUGCACUCUAAAAAGAAAAUCCUGUCUGUCUUUAGAUGGUCCUUCUGUCUUCCUCCUCCUCCUCACCAUCUUCUUCAUGGUUUAGCUGCUUUUAUAUCGCAGUAUUUUAUCAUUUUCUUUUACGUGAUUUAAAUUUUCUUAGUUUGACAUGUCUUCGCUGUCUACUGUAUGUGAAGUACAAAGCCACUGUGUGUGUGUAACGGGGGGAGCAUUCGUCACAAUGGUCCUCUUUCCGCCUGCCCCUCUGUUUCACACACACGUAUACACACAGCAAUAUCACACAGUGUAUUUAUGUUGUUAUUUUGUAAAAAUAAAAGGAGAAAAAAAAAGUAAA